AUGGUACCACUGCGGAAUUUUCUUUGCUUGGGCUUCGCAUUUUUGCUUUCCGGCUGCCUUUGCUUGAGUUUGUCUUUGUUGGUCUUGGACUUCCUGCACCUAGGCUUCCUUUCAUCGUUACAACAACUCAGCUGUGUGGGUGCCGCCUCUUCUGUUCACAGCGGUCUUGGCUUUCCUUUGCCUGCUCUCAAACUUGCCAGUCUUGGUGCUUUGCCGUUACCUCAAAGCACACUUUGUCCAGAUUCCUUGCUGCUCUUUUCUGGCAAGAUUUGCUGCGACUUGUUACCAGCCAUCCUGGACAUUUCGCACAUAGACUUCCCGACAGUGCUCCGAGCUUCUUCCUGA